AUGCCCAAUCCGUCUAAGGAUGCGCCCAUAGCCAUGGUUGGCGCCGUGCUUGUUGGUGGCACAACUGGAAUUGCUUUCAUCCUCGUCAUGCUCUUCUGCGCCGUUGAUAUCGAUGUACUUCUUACUUCGGCCACGGAAAGUCCACUCACGGAAAUGAUACUACAGGCAACGCAAAGUAAAGCAGCCGCCACUGUUCUUAGCGUUGCAGUGGCCGUGUGCUUCCUCAACGGCGCCACUGGUUGUGUCACAUCCGGCAGCCGUCUGGUAUGGUCGAUGGCUCGAGACAAUGGCACACCGUUCUCGAAUUAG